CCACAGCGGCCGGAAGAGGCGGUCCCCGGGGUCACCGCGAUGGCGGCGGUGCUGCAGGCUGCCGGGCGAGACCUGCUGGGCCGGGCCGCCUCCCUGCUCCGCGCCGAGCGCAGGAUCAGCGGCAGCGGCGGGGCGCGCUGCGGCCCUGUACGGCCCGGUCUCCCCGUGCCCAUCUCCUCGCCCCUGGCAGGGUUCACCCGGCCCAUCCGCAUCAAGGAGCCGCCGAAGCCCAAGCAGGUGGAUCGGUGGACGGAAAAACGGGCUUUGUUCGGGGUCUACGACAACGUGGGGAUACUGGGCGGCUUCCACAUCCACCCGAAGAACCUCAUCCAGGGGCCCAGAUGGCUGCGAGGCUGGCGGGGUAAUGAGCUGCAGAGGUGCAUCCGCAAGAAGCAGGUGGUGGGAGAUCGGAUGUUUAUAGACGACUAUCACAAUCUUAACAAAAGGAUCCGCUACUUGUACAAGCGCUUCAAUCGCACCGGGAAGCACCGCUAGGAGCAGCUGUGGGCUUGGCAUAUGGAGUGUGGUUUUGCGGCAUCACGGUCAGAAUAAAGCCAGUUUUCACACGG